AGGUUGAACUCAAAAUACACGACUGUCAUUCGUCCCAGUCAUUAGAGUCGACCGCCAUAUUAAAUUUGUGAGUUGAAGCUGCGAUCUUUAGUAGUCGGUCACUCAUGGAGGCUGGAAUAUUGAAGAACUCGUCGCGCGGUGAUUACAAAAGCGCCGUGGUUGACUUGACGGGAGCCGUUCCUGCAGACGUUCGUGUGGUUCCCAGCUACGGGAUUGACUUUUCAUCCUGUGAAAGUUCGGACCGCAAGCAUGAAUCUGCACAAAACGUCGACGAGUCUAAAGUGAAUCUGUUACAACCUACGGAUGUCGUUCUACAAGUCGGUGAAACUUCCCAAGCGAACGGAACAGCACCACCAACUAUGUCAAACUACGCCGAUAUUGUACAAAGAUCGAGAGACGCAUUCCUAAGUGGUAAGACACGCCCACUGAAAUGGAGAAUCCAACAAGUGAAAGCAUUUAUCAAAAUGAUAGAUGAAAACGUUGCUGAUAUACACGCAGCUCUAACCACUGAUUUGAGACGAUGCAAAUAUGAGAACGUUGUUUUGGACUUGGACUUUGCAAAAAAUGAAGCUACACUUUUAUUGGACAAUCUAGCAGAGUGGUCAGCCCCAGAGGAGCCACCCAAAGGGAUCGUCAAUAUUUUGGAUUCCGUUAAAAUAUAUAAGGAUCCAUACGGAGUAGUUCUAGUUAUAGGACCGUGGAAUUAUCCUUUCCAACUUUCGGUGGUUCCUAUGAUAGCUGCUAUAGCUGCCGGUAACUGUGUUAUUCUUAAACCUUCGGAAGUUUCCCCAGCAACGUCAAAAAUUAUGGCUGAGUUGAUCCCGAAGUAUUUGGACAACGAAUGCUGUCAAGUGAUAUUGGGUGGUGUCCCUGAGACAACAGAACUGUUGAAACAAAGAUUUGAUUAUAUAUUCUAUACGGGAUCAACAAUGGUUGGAAGAAUUGUUCGUGAUGCUGCAAACAAGUAUUUGACUCCAGUAACGCUUGAGCUCGGUGGGAAAAGCCCGGUAUACAUAGACAGCACUGCAGACAUAAGGAUUACUACUAGACGACUAUUAUGGGGGAAAUGUAUAAAUUCUGGACAGACUUGCGUUGCUCCAGAUUAUGUACUAUGUACUCACGAAGUACAGGAGGCACUCAUUAACGAAGCUAAAAAAGUCCUUAAAGAGUGGUACGGCGACAAUCCAAAGGACAGUCCAGAUCUUACUCGGAUGAUCAGCGAUCGUCAUUUUCAGCGUUUAGCUGGCUUUCUGUCUGGAAAUGGUAAAACUGCUGUCGGAGGAGAGACAGACCCUGCUGAGAAAUUCAUUGCCCCAACAAUCUUGGUUGAUGUUAAACCAACGGAUCCAAUAAUGAAUGAUGAAAUAUUUGGACCUAUUCUACCUGUCGUUUCCAUAGCAAACGCAUACGAAGCCAUCAAAUUCAUUAAUAGCCGGGAGAAGCCACUGGCGAUGUACAUAUUCAGUAAAAACGAAGCUGACGUAUCUCUGAUUUUGGAAAAUACAAGCAGCGGAGGUGUAUGCGUAAAUGAAACGGUGUUACAUCUCGCAGUUGAAACAUUGCCAUUCGGUGGCGUCGGCGCUUCAGGAAUGGGAUCUUAUCAUGGAAAGUACAGCUUUGAUACGUUUGUACAUAAAAAAAGUGUCCUCAUCAAAUCGUUCAAUGGUUUGGGAGAGGCUAUUGCCGCGUGUCGCUACCCACCAUAUACUGAUGGCAAAUUGAAGAUGCUCGGCAUAUUGACCGCGAAGCGGAAUAUUCCUGGACUCAAAUACUUGCCCCAUGCCGUAAUGUUCGGCUUAGGAAUUCUCGUUACUAUUGGCUUUAAAGCUGCUCUGAAGAGUUUCGGCAGCAACGAGGAAUGAAUUUAUCACAGCGAUACUUUUGAAAUUAUUGUGAUUUGGCCUGCAUUCCUAACUAUACUGUACAGAGGUUUUUUCUACCAACAUGGAUUAUACGUAUUCGAACUAACAAACAAGUAAAAUUACGCGCUAGUCGUUUAAAGUUACAUUUAUGCAAUUUUCAACAUAAAAAACAUACUUCAAAUUCUUCUAGCACAAUUGGCGCAGAAAGUAGAUAUGCUCUAAUGUUUACCAAUAUUUGCAGGGAAAAAAGAUUAGUGAAACAUACUCUAACAAAUUUCCAUCCAAAAUAGUAAUUUUUGAAACAUUUAUCAGGUGAAAAAUAAUAAAAGUUGUAAAUAUGUAAUAUUUAAUGGAAUCAGGACUAAAGUUAUUCCCGCAUAGAUUUUUUAAUGCAUUGUUAAAUAUUAUUGUAUUAUAUUAGUUUAAUAUUAUUUUUAUACCCUGAUUAAAAAAUGUCCCUUACUAUUAUUGCUAUUUCAUUCCGGUGGUUGUAAAGUUGAACGGAUUCUCAGUAAUCAGCACAUCACAUUAUUAUACUGUAAUUUUCAUAGUUUAAUUAAAAAUGAAAACUAAUGGAUUAUAUUGUACCGUUGACUGAAAUGUUCAGCGGCUGCUUACAAACACGGUGAAAAUAAAAAUUAUGAUUUGUUCAUUGCCACGCUUACUCAUUUGAAACCUUAUGCAUAAUUUUAUAAACCUCGUUCGAGUUAUUUGCCAUGAUCAAUAAAGCGCUCCCAAAGGCGCUCAACCUACUCAAAACUCUGUAUGAUGCGACGUUCAUUUAUAACCAAUCUACCGCGUUUUUAGAAUUUAUACACCGGUGUUCGAGGCUGGAAUAUCAGCUGAUCAAGUACACGGCUUGCAUAUUCAAUUUGCAUAAGACUAAAGGUCACCGAAAAGCUAAUAGAAUAUAAGCUAUAGAGUAUAAGGUGCGUACAUAUCGGGACAUCAACCAUAUUUUUAAGUAUACGUACUAAUGAGUGCCAAAAUGAAAAUGUAUAAACUUCGAAAUUAGAAACGAUGCAUGUAUCACAUAAACGGCGCAAAAUAAUAAGAUUAAAAUA